AUGGACCAGCCACAACCACCCACCGGUCAACCUGAGCAACCCCCACCGCCGACUCUUACAAAUCCACGUUUUACUCUCGAGCUCGAGUUCGUUUCCUCGUUGGCUAACCCAUACUAUCUCUCGCACCUCGCAGUCACAUAUCCCCAUCUGUUAGGAAUCUCCAACGCCAGCGAUGAAGGCGACGCGACCAAGGACGCUGCGGAUCCUGACGCCCAGGCCUUCGCCGCGUACCUUGCGUACCUCUACUCAUACUGGAAAACUCCCGAAUAUGCCCAAUUCCUAACUCAUCCUGGUGCUACCCUCCGCGCGCUACGACUCCUCCAAGAAGACACAUUCCGCCGGGAUAUCAUUCGCCCCCAAGUUAUCGAAGGGCUAGCGGGGACCGGCAUUAGCAACGAAGAAGGCGAUGCAACUAUCGAACAGGAGGGGGAACAAGAUAAGGAAGAACAAGGGAAACAGGAUGCAGCGGGGAAUAAUAAUAGUUCAAAGACCUGA